CAUAAAUAUAUGGAACAUUUUGAGAUCGACAAAGAAGCUCCUCCGGCUUCAGUGUUGUGUACAUACAGUCAUAUAGAAUGCCUUCCGUAGCCAGCACAACCGGACAGGAGGAACUGAACAAUCAGAUCACCAGCUGCUGUGCGAAAGUGUGUGAGUAUGAGAGUGCGGAACUACAAGCACGUGCGCGAGCAUGCGUGCCCACACUCACGCUCUAUGAGAAAGCGCAUAGGGAGAUGCAUUCCAACACACACAUCAGAGACGAGCUGAUGAAGCAGAUGCUUCGAUGGUAUAAGAAAGAUUUCUUCUCAUGGGUCGAUCAGGCGGUGUGCGAAAGCUGUGUCAAGUUCAAUGCGGAAGCUGGAUUGCCUCCUCCCGAUAAAACUGUAUCGGUCGGGAGUGGUACGCCCACUAGUGAUGACUUAAAGUAUGGCGCUGCUAGAGUGGAAGUAUACCUCUGUCCCCAGUGCAACUCACAGGUGCGGUUCCCGAGAUACAAUGAUCCAGGUAAACUGCUGCAGACGCGGCGGGGAAGAUGUGGCGAAUGGGCCAAUUGUUUUACAUUAAUCGCCCGUGCACUUGGUUACAAGGCACGUUUUGUCCUCGACCUGACAGACCACGUAUGGACCGAGGUGUACAGCGACCAUAUGCGAAGAUGGGUGCACACGGAUUGUUCUGAGGCCAAGUAUGACACACCUUUGGUAUACGAGAGAGGUUGGGGGAAGAAGCUGACAUAUUUGUUUGCUUUCAAUGCCGAGGAGGUGGUUGAUGUGUCUCGACGAUACACCCAGGACUACAACGAGCUAAGGCAGCGACAAACACUCGCCGAUCACACUUGGACAGCCCAAGCCAUCCACGCAGCAGACCUGCAACAACGACGCACAUGCACGUACAAAGUGGAUAUGGAUAGCUUCAACGCCAGAAGGGCCGAGGAAGAGACCGAACUUCUCUCGGCCAACACGUCUGCGGGCGGAGGGGGCGAGGACGAGGGCCGUACAUCGGGGUCGGUCAGCUGGCGAUUGAACCGUGGAGAGACUACUGUAAGCGGUGCAACGCCACUCACCGCUGUCAGGCCUGAAGUUCUGUACCCAGACGAGCACACGCACGUGCACACAGUUUCAGACGUGGCCAAGCUCAAACGGGUAGGGGCUUGCUCUAUUGAAACCAUCAAUGGCGACACGAGGACUGUACUAACACCCAAUGAGUGUGACAAAGUGGGGGCGGCCUAUAUCAACACAUUUCUUCCGACCAGAACCAAUUGGGUGUGCGAGUUUGCCUUCGCCAUGGAGAGCAGUGGGGCGGAUGGAAUGGCCUUAGUGGUACGCUCCAACAAGAGCAAAGCCCUGGGGAAGGGCGGGUGCGGCCUGGGCUACAGUGGCAUGCUCAACUGCUUGGCUGUUGAGUUUGAUAGCUAUGAUUCAAUGAUGGAGUGCGACGACCCAAGCGGCAACCACGUCAGCGUGCACGUGGGCAUAGAUAGCGCCGUGACGUCCCACCACGCGUGUUCACUGGCGCGCACCUCUAACGUACCGCAAUUGAAUAGCGGGACGCCCAGAUGGUGUCGCGUGUCAUAUCAGAUGGACACGUUGACACUAACCGUAGAGCUGAAGACAGUCCAUACAGACAGCUACGCCGAUAUUUUGAGUACACAGAUUGACAUCCCAGCCGUAGUGCAGCGAGACACCAUGCUCUUGGGAUUUACCGCCGCCACAGGAGGCAUUGCGCAGAAGCACUCGAUAUGGGAUGUGGAUGUGCGUACAUGGAGCUGACAUGGGCACGGCACAGCUAAUAAAAGUUGAUGGUAUUAACGAAACAAAUAAAAGUGCAAAUGGUAUUACAUUACAGUACACAGCUGAUAAGAGUAGAUUGUAUUGAUUAAACAAAUGAAGUGUG